AUGGCCCGGAAAAAUCAUACCAGGGUAUCUGAAUUUAUUUUUUGUGGACUUACUCAGUCUCGGGAGCUAGGCUUGCUGUUGUUUUUCUUUUUAUCUGUAGUUUAUGCAACCACUGUGUUAGCAAACAUCGCCAUCAUGGUCACCGUGACCUGGGAGUCCCGCCUGCACACCCCCAUGUACUUCCUGCUGCGAAACCUCUCCGUCCUGGACAUCUGCUUCUCCUCCAUCACUGCUCCCAAGGUCCUGGUGGACUUGCUUUCAAGGAGAAAGACCAUCUCCUUCAACGGCUGCUUCACCCAGAUGUUCUUCUUCCACCUCCUGGGCGGGGCAGACAUUUUCUCUCUCUCCGUCAUGGCCCUGGAUCGCUACAUGGCCAUCUCCAAGCCCCUGCACUACGUGACCCUCAUGAGCAGGGGACGGUGCACGGCCCUCAUCGUGGCCUCCUGGGUGGGGGGCUUCGUCCACUCCAUCGUGCAGAUUUCCCUGCUGCUGCCCCUGCCCUUCUGUGGACCCAAUGUGGUCGAUGGCUUCUACUGUGACGUCCCCCAGGUGCUCCAACUCGCCUGCACGGACACCUUCAUUCUUGAGCUCCUGAUGAUCUCCAACAAUGGUCUGGUCACUACCCUGUGGUUCGUCUUGCUCCUCGUGUCCUACACUGUCAUCUUGAUGAUGCUGAGAUCGCACACAGGGGAGGGCAGGAGGAAAGCCGUCUCCACCUGCACAGACCACAUCACGGUGGUCACCCUGCACUUUGUGCCCUGCAUCUACGUCUACGCCCGGCCCUUCACCGCCCUCCCCAUGGACAGAGCCGUCUCUGUCACCUUCACCAUCAUCAUUCCCGUCCUGAACCCUCUGAUUUACACCCUGAGGAACCAGGAGAUGAAGUCAGCCAUGAGGAGACUGAAGAGAAGACUGGUGCUUUUUGAAAGGGAGUAG